AUGGCCGCGACGCAGGACGACAUCGCAAUCAGAGUUCACUCAAGGCGGGGGAGCAACUUGAUCCACCCCGUGUCUCUGGAAUCUCCUCCUCCUUCUUCCGCCGCCGCCUCCGCGAGCCCCGUCGUGUACCGGGAAGUGAAGCAUUUCAAGAAAUGGUUCCCGUGGCUGAUACCUCUAUUCGUGGCGGCCAACGUUGUGGUGUUUGUUGUUACAAUGUAUGUGAAUGAUUGUCCCAAAAAUUCGAUCUCUUGUGUUGCUGGGUCUUUGGGCAGGCUUUCGUUUCAGCCGUUUAAGGAAAAUCCUCUGCUCGGGCCUUCUUCUACAGCGCUAGAGAAGAUGGGUGCUUUAGACGUGGGUAAAGUCGUACAUAAACAUGAAGGGUGGCGCCUAAUCACCUGUAUGUGGUUGCACGGUGGUGUUUUACACCUGCUUGCCAACAUGCUCAGCCUCUUAAUCAUCGGCAUUCGGCUAGAGCGGGAAUUCGGGUUCGGGCGCAUUGGUUUCCUUUACCUUGUCUCGGGAUUUGGUGGGAGUUUGCUUUCGGCUCUUUUUAUCCAGUCAAAUAUAUCAGUCGGUGCUUCGGGUGCCCUUUUCGGGCUAUUGGGAGGAAUGCUCUCGGAGCUUAUCACUAAUUGGUCGAUAUACGCUAACAAGGUGGCGGCUUUAUUGACGCUUGUGGUGAUUAUUGCCAUAAACCUUGCGGUUGGAAUCCUCCCGCACGUCGACAAUUUCGCACACAUUGGAGGGUUCUUGUCGGGUUUUCUUCUAGGCUUUGUUUUCUUGAUGCGCCCACAAUUUGGAUGGGUUAGCCAGAGAUAUAACCCGGCCGCUUACCCGUCAUCCUCGGCUAGCCCAAAGUUCAAGGCGUACCAACGUAGAGAGGCUAUGGCAAUUCGCGUCAUGAACGGUCGGACACUAUUCCGCUGCUGCACGAUGUCUCCGCCGCUCCCCGCAGUUCGCUGCUGCCAGCGCCGCCACAAGUUCGCUCGGUGCCGCUCCCCGGACCGCCUAUUUAUUUCCCGGCGGAUUCAGUGUCGGCUCGCGUCCUACGGAUAUGGACUUGUCCCAGUCCGUCAAUACUCAGCCCAGAGCUUGGUGGAUAUGGUGAUUGGACAGCUCGAGUCGCUGCGCAAGCGUGGCAGAGUUCGCGCCUCGAACAAGUAUGUAAAGGUUCUGCGACUGCACAGCUCGCGAUUAGAACUGAAAAUCAAUGAAGAGAUUCUUGAAAGUAAGGUUGGAAAGUUGGCACUGAAGAAAGGGUUGCUGCUGGAAUUCCGGAAAGACCCGGAGAGGUUGCUGCUUGCUGUUGUUGAGAAACCCGAUGGCAAGAAGAAUUGGAUAGUUACAGAUCAGAAUGGAAACAUGGCAUCUAUUAAGCCACAACAAAUUACUUUCAUUGUUCCUGGUGUCGAGAACUUUGACCAAACAGAGAUAUCAACCUUUGUUCAGAAAGCUCAAGAUAAUUUGGACCUUGCACUGCUUGAGUUUGCGUGGGUUGAGCUUCUUGAGAAGAACAAGUCUACUACUGUGGAGGAGCUUGCUGAGAUGAUUUUUGGUAGCACGGAACCUUUUGAGAGCUACUGUGCUCAUCUGUUGCUUACAAAAGACGAAGUAUACUUCACUACUCUGGAGACCAAAGGUUCAUAUUCUGUUUAUGGACCUAGAUCAGCUGCUCAGGUUGAAGAGCUCACAAAAAGAAAGCGUGCCAAAGAAGUUGCAGAGAAGGAGUUCGAAGAGUUGGUUAACAUACUGAAGUCUGCCAGGGAUAUGCCUCUGCAUGCAAAACCCCCAAAAUCCACAUGGACUUCUGAUGAGAAAGUACGGAAGACGAUUGAGUCUCUUCAAGCAUAUGCAAUUGAUGAUUGUAGGAAUGAAGAUCAAAAGAAAACUGCUGGGCUGAUUCUGAGGGCUAUGGGACUUGCUAAAACAGCAUCGGCAGCUGUGACUCUCCUCAUAAAUAUUGGUUAUUUUCCAGUGCACAUAAAUCUUGAUUUAUUGAAGUUAAACAUCCGUACUGGCUUUCCAGAAGAGAUUAAUGCAGCUGCAGAAAAACUUCUGUCUGAGUCGCCUGACAUGGACGAGGUUGAUAGAACAGAUCUUACCCACCUAAAGGUUUAUGCAAUUGAUGUUGAUGAAGCUGAUGAGAGGUGCUUUUGGCAAAUUCUAAAAAGACGGCAUGUGCAGCUUGAUGAUGCAUUGAGUGCAGUCAGGCUUCAGGAUGGCCGAAUAAAGGUCUGGAUCCAUGUUGCAGAUCCAACUAGAUUACUUCAGCCGGGGUGCAUGAUAGACAAAGAGGCAAUGAAGAGGGGAACUUCUGUGUUUCUACCAACAGCUACUUAUCCAAUGUUCCCCGAGAGAUUAGCCAUGGAAGGCAUGAGUUUGAAGCAAGGGGAGUUCUGCAAAGCUGUCUCGGUUUCUGUUGUGCUGCAUUCCGAUGGCUGCAUUGCAGAGUACUCAGUAGAGAACUCUCUGAUCAGGCCAACGUAUAUGUUGACUUAUGAGAGUGCAACAGAACUUCUAUAUCUGAACCUGGAAGAAGAGGCUGAAUUAAGACUGCUCUCGGAAGCUGCUGCACUUCGACUUCAAUGGCGUCAGGAACAGGGUGCCAUAGAUACAUCCACAAUAGAAGCUCGGAUCAAGAUAACCAAUCCGGAUGAACCAGAGCCCUCGAUCAAGCUGUAUGUGGAAAAUCAGGCGGACCCCGCCAUGCGACUUGUGUCAGAGAUGAUGAUCCUAUGUGGCGAGGUCAUGGCCACUUUUGGUUCUGCAAACAACAUUCCUUUGCCUUACCGGGGUCAACCUCAGUCAAACAUCGACACGUCAGCCUUUUCCCAUCUUCCUGAGGGCCCCGUGAGGAGUUUCGCUAUAGUCAGAAUCAUGCGAGCUGCCGAGAUGGAUUUCAGAAAUCCCAUACGGCACGGGAUUUUGGGGCUUCCUGGGUACGUACAGUUCACGUCCCCUAUCAGGAGAUAUUUGGACCUCCUGGCUCACUAUCAGGUGAAAGCUUUUCUUAGGGGGGAUUCUCUUCCAUUCUCAGCCGGACGGCUUGAGGGUAUAGCAUCCUUGGUCAACGUGAACACACGUGUAAUAAAGAGGCUCAGCUCCACCAGCCUUCGUUAUUGGAUAAUCGAGUACUUGAGACAGCAGCCAAAGCACAAGACAUUUUCCGCUUUGGUUCUCCGUUUCAUCAAAGACCGAGUUGCAGCCAUACUCUUGAUGGAGGUUAUAACUUAUAAGUCGGGUUACAAGCUUCUGUGUGGGUAUCUGGCGGUGUAAAAGUCGGAGAUGAAGUGAAAGUUCGAGUGGAAAAGGCCCAUCCACGAAACGACACAAUUUAUUUUGUAGAGGCUGUCGUGACAUAAUACAUAAUAUACGACUUUACUAACGUGGUGCGAGUUUCGUGCAAGGAAGCCUCUCGACUCCAUACUAAGCUCUAUUGCUAAUCACAAAUUGAAUUCUUCACGCGACAGAGUUUAAUUUAUAGGUCGGUUUUCUCGUUCGCUUGCUUGUAUAUACCAAUUUUUCGAAAGCGGUGCUUUUUUCCAUAUGAAUAUAGAUAGCGGUACUGUUCGAGCCAUGUACCAAAUACAUUAUAUUAUUAUUUUAAAAAAACUUAGUGUUUAAUAUUUUUGGGACUAGAGUAUGUUUGUUUAUG